GCGGGGACAAGGGCGGUUGAGAGUCCGAACCCGAAGAUCCAAGAAAGUUUGAUCAGGAGGCUUUAUUGUCUUUCAGGUUCAGAGAGGGAUUUCCCCGGCGGCGGCAGCUACGGGAGAGGGCUGUCGGUCAUGUCCCAGAGCCCCAAGCAGCUAGUCCCAGGCUUCCUACCAAGCAACGGGAAGGUGCCUGGACAGCAGCAGCCGGGGAACCUUGCAGGGCUGGCUCCCGUGAAGCAGGAGAAAGUGGAGGGCCCUAGGGCCAGUGGCAUGGAGAAAGGGCCCUCUGAAGAGGAGCCUGUGAAGAAGCGAGGUUGGCCUAAGGGCAAAAAGAGGAAGAAGAUUCUUCCCAAUGGGCCAAAGGCACCUGUCACAGGUUACGUUCGAUUCCUGAAUGAGCGGCGGGAGCAGAUCCGAACCUUGCAUCCAGACCUGCCCUUCCCUGAGAUCACCAAGAUGCUGGGGGCUGAGUGGAGCAAGCUACAGCCCACAGACAAGCAGCGCUACCUUGAUGAGGCAGAGAGGGAGAAGCAGCAGUACAUGAAGGAGCUUCGUGAAUACCAGCAGUCCGAGGCCUACAAGAUGUGUGCAGAGAAACUCCAGGAGAAGAAAGCCAAGAAAGAGGACCCAGGUGUUUCAGCCAUGAACACUCUCCUGAAUGGAUACAAGGGCGGGGACUUUGAUGGCUUCUCUACCUUUGAUGUCCCCAUCUUCACUGAGGAAUUCUUGGACCAGAACAAAGCCAGGGAAGCAGAGCUCCGGCGCCUGAGGAAGAUGAACGUGGCUUUCGAGGAGCAGAACGCGGUCCUCCAGCGUCACACGCAGAGCAUGAGCAAUGCCCGGGAGCGGCUGGAGCAGGAGGUGGCCAGGGAGGAGCGCCGGACCCUGGCCCUGCAGCAGCAGCUGCGAGCCGUCCGCCAGGCGCUUACGGCCAGCUUUGCUUCCUUGCCUGUGCCUGGCACUGGGGAAACCCCCACACUUAGUACCCUGGACUUCUAUAUGGCCAAGCUGCAUGGGGCCAUUGAAAGGGACCCCCUGCAGCACGAGAAGCUCAUUGUGCGCAUCAAGGAGAUCCUGUCUCGAAUAGCCAGUGAGCACUUGUGAGUAGUGGCCAGAGGAAGGGCCCCUGUGGAUCCAGAGCCAUCCUGGGGAAGAAUCGGUCCCAGCAAUCUAGUCUUGCCCCUUCCCCCCCCCCCCCCCCCCCAGCUCAUUGGGCAUCGCUCAGCCUUGGGCCACCCUGGAGCUUCUCCAGGGCCUGCCCAGCCCCACAGCUGAGGCAGGACCCAGGGCAAGGGGGUGGGGAGGUGCUUGCUGGGUUUGGGGGGGGGGCAGCCCCAGCCUCUGGAUCCUCCUGCCUCCCCCUGCCUUCUCCAGGGCUCAUGUCCCACCCCACCAGCCCCCAGGUUAAUCUCAAAGCUCCUCUAGCCUUUUUUCCUUUCCCCUGAAUGGGGCAGGGUCAAGAGAACGUGUGCCGUGUGUCACCCCCACAGCCCAGCGUAGGGGUGGUGCCCAUCGAGCACCCAUAACAGCAUGGGCAUAGACAGGACCCAUGGCACAUGCAGCCACUUCACACACAUACCACAGGCGGGAGCUGGCUCGUCUCCACGUCCUCUCCCACACUUUCUCUUUCCCUCCCUCACACUGACUCUGCUCCCCUUCUGAUAGCCCCUUCCCUCCCAGAAUGGGGGAUGGGGGAGGGGAGGGCCUGAGCCUCUCCUGGACCUAGGAUUUCCAGUGGCUCCCCAUGAUCUACCAGAUCAAGUCCUUCCCCAGGAUCCCCUCCUCCGGUCUCUUCCCCAGCAUACCUCCCCAUUGUAGAGGGAGCCAGGCAGCCUUCCUGGAAGCAGCAGCUGUGACUACAGUCACCAACUUUUUAAAUAAAAAUCCACUCAGCUCAAA